GAACGCAGCCCAUGGCCUACUGCGCAGGCUCCAGCUGUCUGUAUAUAAGCUACAGCAGGGUAAACACAACUGGCAGUGGAUGACGUUUUCGUUUAUCUUUCGCUUAUCUUUUGUGCAUCUAUUUAGUGCGUAGCCUCAAUAUAAUACUACACAACAAAUCGAAUAAUCCGGACGUGUCACAGUGCGGGUUGUAGAACCAACGCCAUGGAACCAGUACCUCCGCUGUGUGCUGACAGGUCCCACCCCGCCUGCGUUGAAGGUUGUUGUAUCACUUGUGUGUCACUUGUGUGCAUUAUUAUUUCCAGAGACUGAACUUCCCCUUGCCUCUGGCCGGUGGCCUCUGGCCGACCGGUGCUUGCAUGCAGCCGAAUGGAUCAGAAGAACCGCCUCCCAGUGAGCGCCAGGGUCCCUCGUUCUCCAUCUCCAGCUCGCUGCCCUCAGCCUCCCGGGUGAGGAGGUUCGUCCGGGAGCGACGGGCUCUGCCUCUGCCCAGAGUGAUGGUCGUGUUCUCUGGGGACACUGAGAACCCGGGCGAUGCCAUGUCGAGUUCGGACAGUGCGCAGGAUGACUUUAGGAAGCCGUCCACCCCCAACCGUAUCCUGGGCAAGGUGCUGCAACGCUCAACCUUAAACUCGCCGCAGGAGUUUCCCGAGGUCAUCCCUCUCAACGUGGGGGGGACGUACUUCACCACCCGUCUGUCGACUCUGAGGCGCUACGAGGACACCAUGCUGGCCGCCAUGUUCAGCGGACGUCAUUACAUCCCCCGUGACGCAGAGGGACGGUUCUUCAUCGACCGAGACGGGGCCUACUUUGGGGACAUCCUGAACUUCCUGCGGGAGGGCGAGUUGCCCCACCGGGACCGUGUGCGGGCGGUGUAUCGGGAGGCGCAGUACUAUGCCAUCGGGCCCCUGCUGGACAACCUGGAGGACAUCCAGCCCUUGACCGGAGAGAAAGUGCGUCAAUCCUUUCUUGAUCUGCUGCCCUACUACAAAGACAACCUGAAGAGCAUCGUGGAGAUCGCUAAGCUGCGCGCCAUGCAGAGGAAGGCGCGCUUCGCAAAGCUCAAGAUCUGCGUGUACAAGGAGGAGAUGCCCAUCACGCCCUACGAGAGGCCGCUCUUCAACUCGCUGCGCUUCGAGCGCACGGAGAGCGAGGCCAAGCUCUUUGAGCACCACUGCGACGUGGACGUGUCCUUCGGACCCUGGGAGGCGGUGGCGGACGUGUACGACCUCCUGCACUGCAUUGUGGGAGACCUGGCUGAACUGGGCAUCAGCGCGGAGCAGCAGUGCAUAGGCGUGUGUGACAAGCAUCUGAUCAAUCAUUACUACUGCAAGAGGCCCAUCUAUGAGUUCAAGAUCACAUGGUGGUGAAGGGGUAGGGCUGGGGGCUGACGACAGAGAGGUGGAGGGUUGGCUGGUGCUGUUCUUUGGGCCGAAAGAAGACAGGGCUCCUAUGCUAGUUUUUGCAUAGUAAUGAUUUGUCUUGUUUUUUACAAACUGCUCUUUAGGUCAAUGUUUGGCUCAUGGAGUUUUGGCAGGCUUAUUUUGUACGGUGAGGAUAUUGAAGUUAAGACUGAAGUUCAAACGGUUUGAAAACACCGUUUUGGAAUGAUAAGAUGGGUUGAAUGUAAUUUAAUUUUACCUGUAUAAUUUACGUCUCUACAUUCUGCGUCCAUGUGGAAGCUAUUCAUGCAUUAGGUUGAUGGUGUCUUAUGCAUUUAUAUGCAAUGAUUCACAAGCUUUAACAUCUGUAAAGCUCAUCUGUAAAGCUGUUCUAGCUGCGUGUUACACCACACCAUGGCCAAACGUCAGAAACCUCUACGCACAAUGAAACUGUUACAUCUACUUGGCCUGAUAGUGGCUAAACCCCACUGAUGGAGCAUUUAGAGAGGACCCCGGAUGGGUUCUGGUCACUGCAUAAACUUACAAGAAUGUGGUGAGGUUAAAGACUUUGAAAGGAAAAAAGUACUUGAGGACUUAAGAUAAUAAAUAUUUGUAAAGUUCUUUCCUGUUUUAGGUGGAUGAGAAUGGAGGAGUUGAACUCAACUGGCACUGUUUAUUUUGGCAAUGUUAAUGCGUUCAUGUUUUACCAAACCACGAUAUGGAGAGGUAUCCGUAUACAGUACAAUAACAGCUGUUAAAAGGAAUGCUAACCACUUGGAAGAACCUUUAAAGAACCCCACGGAGAGCUCCUCUAACAAUCCUGGGGACUUCUGAGGAGUAGGAAUGGAUGAAUGAAAUAUCUUGUUUUAUUUUUUCCUUGCCUAAGUCCGCUUUAAGCAAAAGCUAACAUUUCCAGUUUUUUAUUUUUUAUUUGGUCAUGUAAAAUGGUGAAUGAAAUAUGAAACUCAUACUCAUCCUGAAAUGUAUGCAAUGUAGCUUGUUUUAUGUGUAAGUAUUCAAUACGGCAACAUGUAAAUAUUUUUUACUUUUGGAAUCACAGGGAUCCAGUUAUGUCUUUUAUGUUGUAAAAUUAUCAUAAAUUAUUUAUUGCCAUACUGCUAUUUAACAAUUUAAACUCAAUUCUAGUCCAAGGGUGAGGGACAGGCUGUUCUGAUGGGACUGGAGCACGCAUCAAUCUAAAGCCUGAAUAUGUAUUUAAAGGGCUUUUGUCACACAUGGAUUUGCAUGUGCAUCCCAAGAUCAAAAACGUUUCUCUUCAUGCAAUUUUACUGAACAUCUUAGUUUACUAUCUAUUUAGCUCAUAAUAGAAUAGCAUUAACUCAAGUCUCUGCCUUGUCACAGCCAAGCCAGUGAGCGUUGUGGUGCAAAUAAUAUAGUAGGCAAUAUUACGUUUUCCUCUGAUAUAAACUUUAUUAUUUUGACAUGUUUGAAGCGAAACUUUUCUUGAAGUAUAACUUAAAUGCAAGCACCUUUCAUGUUCAUUAUAAUUAAGCUGCUGGUCGAUCCCCCUCAAAUGGUAUUUAACAGAAUCUCAGGUGUUCACAAAAAGUUAUUUCAUUGAAAAACAUUAACAAAAAAAGCCUGCAAUUGGUGCACUAGUUAUUUCACAUGUUGUGCCAGGAAUACGUUUUAAAAUGACAUUCAUUCAGAAAAUGUUAUCCCGGGCAUCUUUUUUUCUGUAGACAUAGCAGUGUGUGCCCCCAGGCUUAUGUCAUUGUGCUAUAUAGUGCUCACUGUCGGACCUACCCCGUAGAGCAUAGUGAACACCAGUCAAUACCACAUCAUUUAUAUUGGCUCUGCAUUCUGUUUAUUUGGAUGGUGUUUGACAACAUGUUCCACUCUCUAUGGAUUCGUUUUUAUGAAGUUGAAUUUAGUUUGGUGUCCAGUUUAUAAGUGCCUUUUAGUCAGUGCUAACCCUUACCCUAAUUAAUACAUUAAAGAUGUUAUUUCUUUCAUUGAAAAUUGUCUGAAGGUUACAUCAAAAUUUUAAAUGUAUUAUUUUACUUCCUCCCCGUAAAGUCUAUCUAAAAAUGUAAUUUGCUGAUAAAUUACAAAACCAAAAACAUAAUUUGCCAUUUCAAUUCAUAAUUAAUAUAUAUUAGGCGAAAUCUGCUAAUGUUUCACUUAGCAAUAUGGAGCUAAAAUGUCUUUUGAAUGGGUUGAUGAUGGGUGAUGUCAACUUUCUAAAAUAUUCAGUAGACCUAUACAGUAUAUAAUUUACCUUUGUUGUCAAAGUACCCUUUACAAAAUAGAUUUUGUGUUCCCCUGCAUUUGUUUGAGAUUAGGUACAUUUAUGAGUAUCCUCUCUGAUCCCCCUUUUUCAGCUAUUAAAUGUUUUUGUUUUUUUUGUCAUUUUCUUUCUGGAGCCCCAGCAGGCUUGUUCUUCUUUGUUUUAAGCACUUGCUAUUCCAAAUAAUAUUGUCGUUCAGGCAGUUUGGUCUUACUAUGUUGCAUUGUUCGUUCGUCAAACAAUGUUGUAUGGUACUGACUGACAGUGAUGUAUAUUUUAAGGAUUUUAUAAAGAAUAUUGUUUGCCCUA